GGCGGUUCUGCGGGCGCCCGCUUAGUAAGCGCGGGACCACAGGGCGGAGGGGUGGGCCCGGAGCUGCGACCCCAGCAGGAGAAGAUGAACGGCACGCGUAACUGGUGUGCGGUGGUGGACGUGCACCCGGAGGGGCAGACCGCGGGCAGCGUGGACGUUCUCAGGCUGACUCUCCAGGGUGAACUGACAGGAGAUGAACUUGAACGCAUAGCCCAGAAGGCGGGCAGGAAGACCUAUGCCAUGGUGUCUGGCCGCUCAACCAGUCAUUCUCUGGCCUCAGAACUGGUGGAGUCCAACGAUGGACAUGAAGAGAUCAUUAAGGUGUACUUGAAGGGGAGGUCUGGAGACAAGAUGACCCAUGAGAAGAAUAUUAACCAGCUGAAGAGUGAGGUCCAGUAUAUCCAGGAGGCCAGGAACUGCCUGCAGAAGCUCCGGGAGGAUAUAAGUAGCAAGCUCGACAGAGAUCCAGGAGAUUCUCCCCGUCAGCAGGAGAUACAGGUGGUGCUUGAGAAGCCAAAUGGCUUUAGUCAAGGUCCCCCGACUCCGUGUAGCAGCCCACCCGAGGUGGACGCCUAUACAAAUGAAGAUGUCGAGAGCUUGAGGAAGACUGUGCAGGACUUGCUUGUCAAGCUGCAGGAGGCUGAGCGGCAGCACCAGUCAGACCGUGUGGAUUUUGAGGUCACUCUCAAUCGGUACCAAAGAGAAGCAGAACAGUGUCAGGUGGCCCUUCAGAGAGCAGAGGACAGAGUGGAACAGAAGGAGGCAGAAGCUGGGGAGCUGCAGAGGCGCUUGCUGGAAAUGGAGACGGAGCAUCGGGCCUUACUGGCGAAGGUCAGGGAAGGGGAAGCAGCUCUGGAGGAGCUUAAGAGCAAGAACGUUGACUGCCGAGCAGAACAAGAAAAGGCUGCUAACCUGGAAAAGGAAGUGGCUGGGUUGCGGGAGAAGAUCCACCACUUGGAUGACAUGCUUAAGAGCCAGCAGCGGAAAGUCCGGCAGAUGAUAGAGCAGCUCCAGAACUCAAAAGAUGUGAUCCAGUCAAAGGACACCACCAUCCAGGAGCUCAAGGAGAAAAUUGCCUACCUGGAAGCCGAGAAUUUAGAGAUGCACGACCGGAUGGAACAUCUGAUAGAAAAACAAAUCAGUCAUGGCAACUUCAGCACCCAGAACCGGGCCAAGACCGAGAACCCGGGCAGCGUUAGGAUAGCCAAGCCCCCCAGCCCAAAGCCCCUGCCUCUCAUCCGCGUGGUGGAAACAUGAGCUUCAGGAGACGGAUGCUGCCAUUGCUGGUGCCUCUGGCCUGCGGAGGAGCCCACCACCCCUGGAGGCUGCCGGCCCUGACUUUGACUUCCCAGCUGCUCCCCGGCUGCACUGAGGCUUGGGCUUCACGGUUCCCAAUGCCCGUCCUCUGUACGCUGGGCGGACGGAGGAUGCGCGCCCCCUCUGGACCCUGCAGCCUCUGGAGGCCGGUAUCCUGCCCGCAGGAGCCAGGGCAGUAGCCUUAUUCCCAUAGUUACUAUUUUUCUCUGUAGCAGAGCCUCCCUUCUGUUGUAGACUGGAGUUUGUAGUCUGGGCGGGUAUCCUGCCCCAGAAGCCAGGCCCUCCGCGGGGGGAGAGGUGAUGAGAUCUGCCUCAGCCCUAGAGGCUGGAGGCACAGAUGUCCACAGUGAUUGGAGAGUGUCCCGGGGGAACCAAGUUCCUUCCGUAAACACAGCUCAGUUCUUAGCAACAAACUGUUUGUUUUUCUACUUGCUCCACCCUCAGCCUAGGCGGACCCAGGGCCUCUGCAGACAGACAGUGGGGCUACCUGUCACGGCCUGGUCAGAGUCAGUGGACCUCAACUUUGAGUGGAUGACCUUGUCUUUUGGGGAGGGGGAACGUCCUUCAGGGAGUAGCUCUUAGCAGAAAGGUUCUAUGAGACCACGGAUAGUUACGGGCAACUUGUCUCUGCUGUGAAGACUCCCAGAAUCUCUUAGGGUUCCCCCUAAGGUGCAGUGCAAGACACACCUCAUUCUUUUUAACUCGGAGCCUAGAAACUGUUUUUACUGGGUUACAUCAGUCUCAGAGAAGAAACUCUCAUGGUAUUUAUUUUGCUGAAUUAUUGAUGUUUUUGCUUACAUCUCACAACUGAUUUAAUACCAGAGUUCUACAGCCUUCUCUCGCUGUGUUUGGAUUUGCUUGACAGAGGGAAAAGAGUGUUCCCAGUGGACUUGUCGAUUUCAGAAUGAUGUUAUAAGUCUUUUUCUCUCUUUCUACCUCCUGCUUUUCCCUUCCUCCUCCAAACCUCAGGAAGGCAAGUAUAUUUGCCCUGAGGCAUCAGGGUGUGAGUGUCUGUUGUUUGGGGGAAGAGGGCCAUCAGAAGUGAUUGAAUUCUUCCCUUAAUCCCUCUGUGCACCUCUGCUCCAUGAUCAGUUUGUUAUCCUGACUUUGAAUGAACCUGCCACCCAUCUCAUGUUCUCUUUAGGGCUCUUCCUGCAGCCUUAAGAAGGAGAUGAGCAUCAGGAUGUGCUACUGUAGGACACAGGAAAAUGAAAAAUAAACAUUAAGUCUUUAGGUUCUACUUGGCUCAAAACCAGAAGCCUUAAGUCUGUGGUUUCUGUGCAUCAGGGCUGAGCUCCCAUGCUGGCUUUGUCCACCGUGGUAUUGUGGUGUUCUUCACGCCAUUCCUGUUUCUAAAAACAAGGGGGUUGGACUAAUGAUCUCCAUGGGCCCUUCCAGUUGUGAUAUUCUUUCCUGUGGCAUAUUCUUUGUAUGGUGAAUUUAAUAAAUUAUAUCACUGUG